UAAUUGUUCAGUACAAUUAACCUACGAAAUCGAAUGUUGCAACACUCGCACACGAUCUGUUUCUAUGUGAAUCCUGUUCUGCAUCAAACAGCCGCAAAGCAACAACGUUGCUCACCCAUCUUGUUUUGUGCAUAAAUGAAACUGAGUUGACUUUCAAAAAUGGAGAAGAAGGGAAAGAUGAAGAAAGACACUUCAAGUGAUGUUGAUGUUGCUGCUGUUGUUGUUGAUGAUGAUAGGGAUGACAAUUGUUGGUAUUGGUUGGUUCAGAAAGGAACAACAUCUAUGUUCAUCACUGUUGGGUUGUUUGCAAUGUUAAUCCGUGUGUUAGUUUCACUUCAUCCUUAUUCUGGUGCUGCCAACCCUCCAAAGUUUGGGGAUUAUGAGGCACAGAGGCAUUGGAUGGAGAUCACUCUUAACCUUCCAAUUCAAGAAUGGUAUAGAAACAGCACCAGCAAUGAUUUGAGAUAUUGGGGACUUGAUUACCCUCCUCUCACUGCUUAUCAGAGUUUCAUUCAUGGCCUUUUUCUUAGAUUCUUUCACCCUGACUCCGUUUCUCUUUUCACUUCCAGAGGUCAUGAGUCCUAUCUUGGAAAACUACUCAUGAGGUGGACUGUGUUAUCAUCUGAUGCUCUGAUAUUCUUUCCAGCUGUCCUGUACUUUGUUAUUGUUCAGUACAGUCGAACUUCGAGGAGCCGUAAUGACUUGGCAUGGCACACUACCAUGAUUCUGCUAAAUCCAUGUUUGAUCUUAAUUGAUCAUGGUCAUUUUCAGUACAACUGCAUCAGCCUGGGCUUUACCGUUGGAGCUGUUGCUGCUAUUCUCUCUGAGAAAGAUCUUGUUGCUUCUGUUCUUUAUUGUCUAGCUCUAAAUCAUAAACAGAUGAGUGCAUAUUUUGCACCUGCUUUUUUCAGCCAUCUCCUGGGUAAAUGCCUGAGGCGUAAACAUCCAAUCCUUGAGGUGUCAAAACUGGGGUUGUUGGUUUUAGGAACCUUUGCAGCUGUGUGGUGGCCUUAUCUCUAUUCAACACAUUCCAUUUUGGAGGUACUCUCUCGUCUUGCUCCUUUUGAAAGGGGAAUAUUUGAGGAUUAUGUGGCCAACUUUUGGUGUGCCUCUUCAAUUAUCAUCAAGUGGAAGAGAUUGUUUACAACAGAGUCACUGAAGCUCCUCAGCUUCACUGCAACAGUUAUAACCUGUCUUCCCUCAAUGAUUCUACAAAUAAAGUCUCCUAGUAAACUGGGUUUCCUUUAUGGACUGCUAAAUAGUUCUUUCUCCUUUUACUUGUUUUCUUUUCAAGUGCAUGAGAAGUCCAUUUUGCUGCCACUUCUUCCGGCAACUCUGCUGGCUGUUGAAGAGCCCUUUAUUUUUAGGUGGUUCAUGCAAUUUGCCAUGCUCUCCAUGUUUCCUCUGAUAUGUCGUGACGACUUGGUUGUUCCGUAUUUGGCUUUACUUGCUCUCUUUAUGCUGAUACUCAAUGCACCUGGUCAACAAAGAGUUAGAGAGAAUAAUUAUUUUAGUAACUAUUUCGGCACAACAACCAUACACCUUAUUUUAUGUUGCUUUUUUAUUCUUCAUGUAGUUUACUUGACCAUGCAUCCUCCUGAGAAGUAUCCUUUCCUUUUUGAAGCAUUGAUUAUGAAUCUGUGCUUCUCUCAGUUUGUGCUUGUAACUCUUGGCUGCAAUAUAACGCAGUGGGUAUUACAUAAACCUGUCAGAUUACAAGGAACAAAAAAGAAGCUCAUUUGACAUUGGUUUCACUUUUUGAGUUAGAUGGGUUGUUCUUGUUAUAGACAGUUGGAUGUAGGGGUGGUAGCAUCUUCGAUGCACUUCAGUUAUGGGAUAUAGAAAGUGAAUACAAGAUCUUGGCCUGCAUUG